AUGCGCCCUCGAAGAACUCUCCUGCUCGUGGUGGCUGCGGGCUUGUCAUUCGGCUGGAACCAUGCCACCGAGUCGGGAUUUAGAAAAGCGUUGCGAUCGAACGACUACACUUUAGCAGCGUUUAUCUUCCCUACCCAGGACGCAAGCAAAACCCUCGAAAAUCAAUGGGCCUCGAUCCAAGAAGCGGAGGGGGACAGAAAUGUGGCCAGCCUUGACUGCGCCGAGGUGCCGAAGCUCUGCGAGGAGCUCGACGUUGCCUCAUACCCAGCGAUCCGGCUGUUCCGCCACCAAGGCGACACGAUGGAGCGAUACAGAGGGCCUCGGAAAGCGAGACCGAUCAUCGCAUAUCUCCGACGGGCGCUUCGUCCCACCAUGUCCACGGUGGAUAGCAAGAACAUCACUUUGUUCCGCUCCAUCGACGACGUCGUCUUCGUCGCGCAUCUGCUGCCCCGUGACACGAACCUCCACGACCGCUUCGAGGCCCUCGCGGGGCAAUACCACGACCGGUCCUCGUUCGCGGUAGCGAGCGACGCGCAGGACCAGUCGGAGAUCACCUGCUACAACAACCUUGACGAGGUGCAGAUGUCGACGGCCGAGCUGAGUGCAGUCGAGUCGCUCGAGAACUUCGUCAGGCUCUGCUCAGCGCCGUUGAUCCCGGAGCUGACUAGGCGGAACGAACUGCAAUAUCUGUCGUCAAGCAAGAGCUUGGUUCGGUACUUCGCCUCGAGCGACAAGGAAAGAGACCACUUCGCGAGGGAGAUGCGGCCGCUUGCAAAGAAAUACCACGAGUACCUGCUCUUCGCUACCAUCGACACCAACGAGUAUCCCGAGACUCUGGCGGUCUUUGGCCACCAGCCAGGGUCGACAAGGGUAUUGUCGGUGCAAAACCCGAGCAACGGCCAUAUCUUCCCCUACAGUGGAGCCAAGCAGAUAUCGCCCGAGGUGGUGGAAGCUUUCCUGGUCGAUAUCACCAAUGGCAAGGUGACGUCAUGGUCAGGACAACUGCCCCAUGGAUGGAAGGAGGAAGGGGCGGAUGAGGGGAUGAAGCAUGAGGAACUAUGA